UUCAACAGGUCACCCGCGGAGACAUGAAAGCACCGGCGAGCGGAGCGUGUGUGCGACUGGUACUGCAGGUGCUGGCUGCAGGUUGAGAGACUGCUCUGGGCAGCGAUAUGUGCCGCGGCUCGAAAGUCCAGUUUUCGAAUCGGGCACUGAAAUUUGGGCUUCGCCGAGAAUUCUUGGAUGUGAUGCUGAGCUCGAGGUUGUGGAACCGCGCGUGUAAAAGGGUCGCUUCUGUUGCACUUGCCAUUCCACUGGUUCCUCCCUCGUCUAUGCACUUCCCCUCGUCUGGGAAUUUUGGAAGGCGAUUAAGUCUUGUGCCAGCGAUUGUUUCUUCGUCUUCUCGUUCUUGUUCCAGGCGGUCCGCUUCGCUUGACGCCCCCGCUGCUGCUGCUGCAGCUGCCGUGGGUGUUUUGGAAAUGGAUCUCGAUCUUCUAUCCCGUCUCCGUGAAGCUGCCGAUGAGUUUCCACCACCUCCGGGAGAAAAGUAUUCUUAUGGGACUGCGGGAUUUCGAGCAGAUGGAAGCCGACUGGGCUCUACUGUGUUCAGGACAGGAGUGCUGGCAGCCUUGCGAUCGUUGAAAACAGAGAAGGUUAUCGGACUUGUGAUAACAGCCUCUCACAACCACGAACAUCAUAAUGGAAUUAAAAUUGCAGAUCCAGAUGGAGGUAUGUUAACUUUGGAUUGGGAGGAGUAUGCAGAGAUGAUGGCUAAUGCUGGUAACUCGGAUCUCCUUUUAAAGGUCGUUGAAGAUGUCAUAAAAAGAGAGGAUAUUCAGGGCGGAAGCCCAUCUGGGAAAGUUUUUCUGGCCAGAGACACACGAAGCACAGGCCCAGCUCUCAUUGAAGCUGCUCGAAAGGGUAUUGAGGCCGUGCAAGGCGUUGUUGCUGAGAACAAAGGGAUAUUGACAACUCCGCAACUGCAUUGGAUGGUGCGCGCCACUAACAAGGAUGAAAUCGGCUCAGAAUUGCAGUAUUUUCAGACUCUCUCAAAUGCUUUCAGAUUGUUACUGGACCUUGGGCCUUCAAAUUUGUUCAAGCCAGAGACUCUUAUUGUGGAUGCCUCAAAUGGUGUCGGUGCUAGUAAAAUUCUGGAACUAGGGCAAAAGCUUGAAGCACUGGACAUGGAAAUAAGAAACACAGGUGGAAAAGGAAACGUAUUGAAUUAUCUGGUCGGUGCUGAUUUCGUUCAAAAGGAAAAGGUUUUUCCGCUUAACUUUGAUGCAUCAAGCGACCAAGAUAAGAGGUGUGUCAGUGUGGACGGGGAUGCAGACAGGCUAGUUUACUUCUAUUUUGGACCCUCACAAACUGAUAAGUCACUGGCUAUGCAUCUUUUAGAUGGAGAUAAAAUCAUGGCUCUUUUCUCUUCCUUCAUCCUGGACCAGCUUCGUAUGAUGGAAAAAUCCACAAAUUUUGUCGGUGAAAGUGAUUCUCGUCCACCAAAUGUAGUAAUACCUGGGUACGGUACUGUAAAAUUGGGUGUGGUACAAACAGCCUACGCCAAUGGAGCAUCAACGAAUUAUCUCCAGCAAAAGCUUGGGUUGGAAGUCGCUCUUACUCCUACAGGAGUGAAGCAUCUCCAUGCAAGGGCAGAAGCCUAUGACAUUGGAAUUUACUUUGAGGCCAAUGGACAUGGCACAAUCUUGAUGCAAGAAAGUUUCGUAGAUUGGCUGAGGGAGCAUGGCAAUACACUUCCGUCAGUUGAAGGAAGAACAGCUGUCAAGAGACUUGUAGCUGUUAGUGAACUUUUUAACUCCGGGGUUGGAGAUGCAUUGAGUGGAAUUCUAAUGGUUGAGAUCAUCCUGCGAUAUCGAGAAUGGUCCAUUCAGCAAUGGGAUUCUAUUUAUACGGAUCUGCCAAGCAAGCAACUGACGAUUAAGGGUGUUGAUCGGUCGCUUAUCACUACAACAGCUGAUGAAACCAGAGUGAAAUCUAUACCUCAAUUGCAAGAUGCUAUUGACGUCGAAGUUGCGAAAUACAAAGCAGGGAGAUCUUUUGUCAGGCCUUCUGGAACAGAGAAUCUUGUGAGAGUCUAUGCAGAAGCUGCCACUCAGGAAUCGGCUGUGACCUUGGCAGAAGCUGUAGGACGACUUAUACUUCAGUACCUCCAAGCAGCUCCUGAAUCAUAGCUUUCUGAACAUAUUGACAUCUGCAAGGUUUUGAACAACCUUACGUUGAGUAUCGUCUUCAUAUGAAGGUGUCUUUGGAGACCUUAAUAUGAUCAUGAUUCUUGUCAUCAUUUUGUCAUAGCAGAACAUAGUAUUUUUCAUUUGUGAUGUAUCUAUAUUCUCAUGCCGCAGCAAGCAGCAAUCAUCCUAUGUCUACCGAUUUUAUAAAUAUGAAUGUAAUGAUUUUAAGUUCUAUGAAGGG